UCAGUUGCCGCUAGAGCUUCAAAAAAUGAUGCUAGUCGCAAAUAGCCUUGGAUGGGCUUACAAAUUUUAAAACAAACAUACAGACUUUGAGAACCUAUAUAGUGUGGAACUUAGAAUAAUUGCUUGGUAUAGAACAGCUCACAAAACCGCAUACUUCGCUGUGAUCAAUGCCUUGGAGAUAUUGCUGCUCUUGAACGUCCAUUGCAAUAUAUUUUUCAGGAGACUCUUGAAUCUUUAGCAAAUAUCGAACUUGUACAAUAUUUCCAGAUCACACUGCCAGUGAGUUGUGACUAAAAUGUUCAUACUACAAGGAAAAAGUUAUUACAGAAGCUCGCUAAAGGAUCUGGUAAUGUAUUUAGGACGAGAUCUGGAAUAUUUGCGACCAAUUAAACGCAUUUUAAUAAGAAAUUAAAAAAUGUUUAUAUAUAAGACAUUAACGGACGACAUCGGUUCGACGAGGGAUGCCCUUCUUUCAUGGCAGCGGGUUUUUAAACGAAAUCUUGAAGUUUCGUUGAAUAUUGCUAUUUAAAUUUAAUUUUUCCGAGGAAUAAACAGUUUUCGACGGCUUCGGAGUGAUGUUAAAGUAGAAAAGAACCCCUGACUUAAAAUUACUCUGCUGUGCGCGGCUCAAUCCGCGAGUUGAUGUCCGAGUGUCGAAUUCCUUCUUGAUACAUAACCCAGAUCACUGAGUGUUCAACAACAAUACUCAAUUUUCCUACGAAGAUAUUGUGGAAUAAUUAUCUAAAUUCUUUGUUUAGCAAAUAAAAGGCCUUAUUUUGUCAUGUCGUUCCGUUCUGGGCGUAAUUGAUGUUGAAGGUUUUACAAGAUAUGAGAAACUGAAACCAUUUUUGAAGUUAAGGAAAAAUUUCAUUGUUGCAAUGAAAAGCCAGUCUUCAAAGGAGAAAGUCGCUCCUAAGGAGAGUCAAGAGGUCAGUGCUUCAGUAUUGAGGAAUACGUGCCAUUGCCACGGUAAACUUGAGCCUAUUGGGGAAAAGAGGAAGAGAAAAAGACGAUUAUCGGAUUCUCCGGACAUGAAUCCUAGUUUUAGAGAAGGUCGGUCGAAACAAUUGACAUUUUGUUCUGCUACUGAAAAACAAAUGCAGAAAACAUGUGAUCAUGAUUCUUGUAGUUACGAACGAGGCGAGAAAACUUUUAAAUUUUCCACGAAAAUUUCCUCCCGUUCCUUUGAAAAAUUUUUGGAACUCGAAACGGUAAAUACGAUGAAGUCAGGAGAAGGUGUUGUGGUUAAUUACAUUAAUUACAUUGACGAAAGAUUCUUGGAAUCGGAUAGAAGUUCAUUAAGAAAUGCUGAAAAAAUCCCGCCACAGUGUGAUGGAAAAAGUUUUGUAAUAAAAUCUAGUAAUGACGACGUUAAAAACUGUGAUAGAAGCAAAAUCGUGCUUGAAUUGGAAGAGAGAGCAGCAAUUGAAUGCUCAUUUAGUGAAAACAACUGCAAUUCAAAUGAAUUAAGAAGAGGAACUAACCUUGCAUCCGAAGAAAUAUCAAGAAAUGAAACAAUCGAGGAAAAGUUCUUAAAGCCUAGUGAACAUUUGACUGAACUUAGUGAAAAUCCUAGACAGUCUGAGCAACGAGUUCCGGUCAACUCUGUUGAAGAAGUCGACCGCACAGAGCGCAGUUCACUUGCUCUGGUAAACACAGAGCAAGUAUUUCAUCGCCCACACAAGGCGGAAGACUCGUGCUUUUGGCUCAUUGAGUUAAUGAAAAAAUUAAUCAGUGUUUUUGGCUGUUGUCCACGAUAUUUUUUAGCUGCUUCUCACACCAGCGUUAGUCGACACCAUAGUUCUGUCCUCGCCCUCUGCACUGUGCUGGCACUAAUGCACUCAGUGCGAGGUGAGGGCGAAUGUCACAGUCAAAUCAUGUGCUACGAAUGUUCGUCGUGGACGGACCCGCGCUGCUCUGACCCGUUCAACUUCACGCUGCCCCGCGCCAAGCAACCGCCUACUGAGGAGUGCGAUGGCUGCUGUGUCAAACUCGUCCAACAUAUUGGAACUCCUUAUGCCUCCAUCCGUAGAACGUGCACGGAUAAGAUGCAGAUCAAACUGUUUAUGGUAGAUCACGUUUGUAUGCGUGAAAGUAACGGUCGUGGCCACAUGUGCUUUUGUGAAGAGGACCUAUGCAACGCCGCUCCUCCCGCCCUUCUUUCGUUCCUCUUCAGCACUUCACAAGGCAGACCUCAACCUUCUGCUUUGGUCUCCUCGCUUCCCAGUACUUCUAAAAUGCUUCUUCUUGUAUCUAAAUCAUGGCUAGCUGGUACCAUGAGCUUUAUUUUACAGGGAAUAGAGACCUGUAGUAGUAGCAUGAGUAUCAUUAUAGUUAUGCUUUGCUGUGUCACUCUGAAGAGCAUGAGUGUUGUUGUUUCGUCACCGGGGCACCCAGACGCUGCAUGGAAAUUGGCAAUACGUAACAACCGUUCUUUCAAUGUCCCUGGAGUGUGCACUAUUUCUGCUUAUUUUAUCGCAGGCAUGAUUUGUGUGCACACAAACCUAUUGCAUUGCUGUCUACAUUAUGUAAGUGACUGUUUCUUUAUGAUGAGCAACGUCGUGUCACUGAUGGUUGUCCACAGCCUCCAGCUGCUCUGGACUUGGCCGCUUUCGGUUAUGGCCGUUGUGGCCUUCCACAAGCUCGUGACUUGGAGUCGAGGCCUGAGAUAAACUUUUAAAUUUUACCAUAGAUAAAACAUUUUCCUUGAUUAACUCAACUCGCUAACCUUGAAUAAGUUUCAUAGAACAAAAUGGUUUGCCUCCACGUUAUACAUGAAGUGGACAGCCGAGUAUCAAUAUUUACAGAUUUCAGUUGUCCCUUUGCCGAAGUUCAAGUGAAGUUGCGGAUAAAUUCGCCACGAUAUCUCAUGAGUUUCCCUCUUGAAGUGAAAGAUUAAUUUCCUUGAUUUAUUGUUUUGUUUGAAGCCUAAGAUUCAUCCCACAGAGUGCCCUAAUUUGUAAAUUAUAAUGAUAAUUUUACCGCUUUAUUCAAUGAUUUUUUCGGGAAGAAUCGUUCGGUUACGAAUCCGCUUCUUUUGUGCCUUCUAAAGAAUUUCUCAGCCUUGUCCCCAUUUAAUAAGCCUUGCCAGAAAUAUUUGAAUUUCCUUAUGUUUUUUACGAAACAUCAGUUUUGAAUUCCUGAAGCCUUAUAUUUCAAAAUGUAAUUUAUUAUUCUCUAGUCUAAAGCAUAAUGUUGACGGAAUAAUUUAACUUUCUGAGCUGGAAGUGUCCUUUGAUUGCGUGCAGUAAUGCAGUUAGUUUAAUGACAAAUGCAUAAUGUUUAAAAAAUUAUACCAUUUAUCCCUAGAGGUAUAAUAGCUAAAUAUGAAUCUAGGGCUAUCUGUAACAAUAGAAUAAUGCUUGAAAUUUAGUCCAAUUACAAUUACCGAGCGUGCUUAUGGGGGUGUAUAAUGAAUAAUUUUUGAUCUUGAUCUGAGUUAUUAAAGCGUGGAUUGAUUUUUAAAUUGUAGUAUAGAAAUAUUCACUCCGAUUGCAUCUGAUGUGAUGCUCACGAGAAUGUCAUGCUGCUUUUCAUCGUUAAUUAAUGUUUAUAUAAAUUGUCUUAGAUCUAGUGUUACAAACUAAAAUGGUUUAUCUAUCGCAUGGCUAAUGUGUCAAUAUAAUUAAUUAUAUGAGCUGUGAGUCAAUUUUGAAUGUAUU